AGAUGUGUUUUUUUUUUUUUUUUUUUUUUACGAUGCCAUUUCCCAAAGCACAUUGUGGUCAGCCACCCGGGGGACGUCGGUGUGCGUAAAAAGCCGCGCAAGAAGUGCGUAAAUCAGGAAGAAACCGAGGGUUUAACAGGGAAAGGAGACGGUGCUGCGCUUCUAAUUCUCCCCAACACCAGAGCGGGAUCAGACUGSAAACCUUUUGUGAGGAAAUACUUUGCUUUAGAUUCAUCAAACAUCACAUCGAACACAUCCAGGCCGAAGGGAAGCUUGAGUGAUGGAGCCGUCCCAGUCCGAGAUGAACAUAUUAUCUAAUGGGAAAAGUCAUGAYCUUGAAGAUGAAAUGGGUGUGCCAAUGAAGACGUUGUUAGCAGAUGAUCAGAAUGGCACUGAAACAUUCAGAUAUGAUGACCUGGAAGGAGGACUGGAAAGUGAGGAGUUUUUGCCCAGUGCAAAUGGAAAGAAACCGAUACGUUUCACUGAUUUUGAAGGAAAGACUUCAUUCGGCAUGUCAGUCUUUAACCUGGGCAAUGCUAUUAUGGGCAGUGGGAUCCUUGGAUUGGCUUAUGCCAUGGCCAAUACUGGCAUCCUUCUCUUCUUGUUUCUUCUGACUGCAGUUGCAGCUUUAUCCUGUUACUCCAUUCACCUACUGCUUAAAUCAUCUGGCAUUGUGGGAAUUCGAUCUUAUGAGCAGCUGGGCWACCGGGCCUUUGGUACACCUGGAAAAAUGGCUGCUGGUAUCGCGAUCACCCUGCAGAACAUUGGAGCUAUGUCCAGCUACCUGUACAUUGUUAAAUCUGAGCUGCCGCUGGUCAUCCAAGCUUUCCUGAAGGCGGAUCCCARCUCUGAUCUGUGGUACCUGAAUGGAAACUACCUGGUCAUCAUGGUCUCUGCCAGCGUCAUCCUGCCUCUUGCUUUAAUGAAACAGCUUGGGUACCUCGGGUACACCAGUGGCUUCUCCCUCAGCUGCAUGGUGUUCUUCCUCUCUGCAGUUAUCUACAAGAAGUUUCAGAUUCCUUGCCCCUUUGAAGAGUUCUCAGUGAACAGCACCGUGGAGCAUCACGGCCUGAAUGUAUCUACCCACGUCCAUGAAUACACUAACGGUUUGAUUCACGAAGACGAUGACUCCCACUGCGGCCCACGCAUGUUCACCGUUAACUCACGGACAGCAUACACCAUCCCCAUCUUGGCUUUUGCUUUUGUUUGCCACCCUGAAGUCCUGCCCAUUUACACCGAGCUCCGCAAUCCAACGCAGAAGAAGAUGCAAAAGGUGUCCAACCUCUCCAUUUUUGUCAUGUACACCAUGUACUUUCUGGCAGCGCUCUUUGGCUACCUGACCUUUUACGAAAACGUGGAGCCUGAGCUGCUUCAUACUUACAGCCGCAUCGAUCCUUAUGACACUUUGAUCCUGUGUGUUCGAGUGGCUGUUCUCACUGCUGUGACUCUGACCGUCCCCAUCGUGUUGUUCCCAGUGCGGAGAGCCAUUCAAGAGAUGAUAUUUCCCUCCAAGUCCUUCAACUGGAUUCGCCACAUCGUCAUUGCUCUCAUUCUGCUUACGUUCAUCAACAUGCUGGUGAUAUUUGCCCCCAACAUUCUGGACAUCUUUGGAAUUAUUGGUGCCACGUCUGCUCCAUGCCUCAUUUUCAUCUUCCCUGCUGUUUUCUACAUCCGCAUCGUUCCCAAAGACGAUGAACCCUUGAACUCAAUUCCCAAAAUAUUGGCCUUUUGUUUUGCUGCUUUGGGUGUUUCCUUCAUGGUGAUGAGUCUGAGCUUCAUUAUCGUGGACUGGACAACAGGGAGCAGCCAUGCUGUAGGAGGUCACUAAUUGCUGCUCUAAUGCCUUUGUGUGGUUUUCAGAUUUGGAUGUUAGGUUCAAUGUGGAAGUAGAACAAACUACAUGGCUCUCCAGCACAGAGCCUGGGUUUUUGCCACAAUGCACAAUAAACCGUAAAUUAUCUUUUAACUGUAACUUAAACAGCUGAAUGAAUUGCUUUCUUGUUUUCACUUUUAAAAUAUAUUUUCCUGUAAUGCACAGCAAUUAAAAUGCAUUUAAUUUCAAAUAACUGUAAACAAAAGUACAACGAAGUCCGCUUGUGACGCUGAAAUAGUCCUUUUCUGCUGUUGGGUUUUAAUUACUCUCAAACUGCUGCAGCUGGUACUGUACAUACAUAUAAAGGCAUUUAGUUAUUUUUAACGAGACGCACAAACAAUGCAGUCAGAUGAUCUUGCAUGGAAUCAGCAUCAGUCUGAACUGUCCAUCAUCAUCAUCAACAUCAUCAUCAUUGUGUGUAGAAUAAGUCAUAAAGUGAUUUGAGAAUGCAGGAGACAAUUUAUGGGUCUGUAAGCUUUUAAACCGUAGUGCCUUUCGCUGUUUUGGAGUGGCUCACAAACAUGCAGUAGUGUAUAUUUAUUUAGAUAACUGUCUUUUAAUUUCAAGCAAACUUUAUUUAACUAAGGAACACCAAGGUAAUCAGUUCACUGUUUUUCAUGUAAUUGCUUUUAUAAAGUCAAAUCAAUGGGAAAAAGUGUCAAAGGCUGACAGUAUUGAGGCUACAAGCUUGAUGAAAUGAUUAUUUCUUUCUAAAAAAAAACACUUUAGCCAAAACAAUCUGUAAUUUAAAUAAAGCAGGUGUAGAUUAUGUUGUCGUAUUUAAAACAUUUUCUUCUUCUUAUUAUUAUUCCUUCUGGAUUUUUAGAAUCACAUUGUUAACACUGGUAUUAGUAAAAAGAGAUGAUCAAAUUUAUUUUAAAGAUUCAAAAAAACAAAAUUGAAAUCCACAUCUGAAGCUCACCGCUUAGUAUCAAAUGUUUUUCCACAUUUUUUCCCCCCAAAAUUUUCCAACUACUCCUUUUUCUGUCUUUACCCAGGUUACUAAAAAUUUAGGAACAAAAGUUUGAGCAAUAUACAUAUUUUAAACCAUUAAAAACCAAAACAUUGUUAAUAGUUUAUUACUACAAAUUAAAACUUUUUAUUAUAUUUCUUAAUAGUGCCUGUUGAAACAAUACAGUUUCUGCUGCAGCGUUUUAUUUGUUCAUCUGUACUGGUUUGAAGUCUUUUUUGUUUCCUGUUUAAAACUCUGGAUGAUGUUUUCUGCAGUAAACUGCACAGGACCUGAUUUUGUUUCCAGUGUUGCUGUGUGUAGCUAUUAUGUUUAUGAACUGUACAUUUUAACAACUUGUAGUGAAGUGUUUAAAAGUACAAGUUUCUGCUGUAGAAGGGAUCUGACAUGAACUGAAGAUUUAAGUAUUACUAAUAUGAAGCRUCAACAUGAUGAUUUUAACAUAUARGCAUGCAAAACAAAAACCUUCAAGUUUUUUUUUCUAAUUCUUUAGGAUAAUUUUGAGGAAUAAAAACACUAACAAUAUGCAUGAUGUACAUAUACUUCACAUUUUCUUAAACUAUCAACCAAAAAAACUCUAUUCUUAUAUAAUAAAGCAGAGUUUUCUUAUUUGUAGGGUUGCCAACUUUCAGAAACUGGAAAAAAUAAAAUAAAAUAAAAGUACUGAGUGGACAGGUUGGUGCAAAGGGACAUGGGGCUUUUUUGUCUUUAUAUUUAGUAAGUAAGUAAAGUUUUAAUUUAGCUGUUUCAAGAGUGAGUCAAGAAAUAUGCAACAGCUGAACAUUUCCUAAAAAUACAGGUUUAUGUCAGUAGAAAUAAAAAUAAGAACCAGUGCCAGUUUUACUACUUUUAGCUUAUACUGUAGCUAUUCUACUGCUACUUUUAUUAUUAGCUUUUGUUUGGGUCCUUUAAAGCUUUUUCUACUUUUAGAUAAUAAAUGUUUUGAUUCUUUUAGUUAGGUGUUGGCUACUUUUAGCUAACCUUUUGACACAUUUAGCUUUUAGCUAUAGCCUUCCAGCUAUUUUAUUUUCUACAUUUAGGCAGCAUUAAGUACAUCUAGCUUGCCUUUUUUUUACUUUUCUUGCUUUUUCAGCACUCAGCUUUACACUUUCCCACAAAAUGUAUGUUGUCUAAUUUCUGUUCAUAAUAUAAAAACUGACAAAUUUACACUAAAUAUAAAGCUGCCUGUUUAAUAGACAAAAA